CGGGCGCCGCCAUGGCCGCGUGGCGCCUCCGCCGUGCAGGCGCCGCCCUCGCCGCAUCCUCCGCCGUCGCCGUGGCCCUCGCCGCCUCCUCUGCGUCCGCCUCCGACCCCUCCGCCGCGGCCCUCGACGCCGCGCGGCAGCGCGUGGCGCAGCCGGGGGCCGCGCCGCCCCCUCGCGACGCGCAGCGCGCGGCGCUGGCUGGGUCCACGCCCGCGGAGCCCCUCGACGUGCUCGUCGUCGGCGGCGGAGCCACUGGAUGCGGCGCAGCGCUCGAUGCCGCCACCCGUGGGCUUCGGGUUGGCCUCGUGGAGCGCGAGGACUUCUCCUCCGGGACUUCCUCCCGAUCCACGAAACUCAUCCACGGCGGUGUGCGUUACUUGGAGAAAGCAGUGUUCAAUCUUGAUUAUGGGCAGCUCAAACUUGUUUUCCACGCACUUAAGGAACGCAAGCAGGUUAUUGAGAAUGCUCCCCAUUUGUGCCAUGCUUUGCCAUGCAUGACUCCUUGCUUUAACUGGUUUGAGGUAGUAUACUACUGGUUUGGUUUGAAGUUCUAUGAUCUAGUUGCUGGAAGAAGGCUACUACAUUUGUCACGAUAUUAUUCUGUAGAUGAAUCUGUUGAACUUUUCCCAACCCUUGCAAAAAAUGGCCAUGACCGUAGCCUAAGAGGAACAGUAGUAUACUAUGAUGGUCAAAUGAAUGAUUCUCGGCUGAAUGUGGGGUUGGUAUGCACGGCUGCAGUUGUUGGUGCAGCUGUUCUCAAUUAUGCUGAAGUGGUCUCCCUCAUUAAGGAUGAAUCUGGAGAGAGAAUUAUUGGUGCGCGCAUUCGUGACACACUAUCAGGUAAGGAGUUUGAAACCUUUGCAAAGGUGGUAAUUAACGCAGCAGGACCGUUCUGUGACUCUGUGAGGAAGAUGGCUAACAAUGAUGUAGUGCCCAUGAUCUGUCCAAGCAGUGGUGUGCACAUUGUACUUCCUGAUUACUAUUCCCCCGAAGGGAUGGGGCUAAUUGUUCCUAAAACCAAGGAUGGUAGAGUUGUAUUCAUGUUGCCAUGGUUGGGAAGGACCGUUGCGGGAACAACUGAUUCUAGCACAGCAAUAACAAUGCUUCCUGAACCACAUGAGGAUGAAAUACAGUUCAUAUUGGAUGCAAUCUCUGACUAUCUUAAUGUUCAGGUAAGGCGUUCAGACGUUCUUUCUGCCUGGAGUGGUAUACGUCCUUUGGCCAUGGAUCCAUCUGCAAAGAAUACUGAAAGUAUUUCUCGUGAUCAUGUUGUAUUUGAAGACUACCCAGGGCUAAUAACAAUUACUGGUGGAAAAUGGACAACAUAUAGAAGUAUGGCUGAAGAUGCUGUAAAUGCAGCAGUAAGAUCUGGUAAUUUGAAACCAGCUAAUAGUUGUGUGACCGAUAAUUUGCAAAUUGUUGGUGGAUAUGGAUGGGAUCCAGCUUCUUUUACUGUGCUUGCUCAGAACUAUAAGAGAAUGAAAAAGACAUAUGGUGGCAAAGUUAUUCCAGGUGCAAUGGACAGUGCUGUAUCAAAGCACUUGUCACAUGCAUAUGGAACUUUGGCUGAACAAGUGGCUUCUAUUGCCCAGAACGAAGGCUUGGGAAAGCGGCUUGCUCAUGGAUACCCAUUUUUGGAAGCUGAAGUAGCAUACUGUGCUCGUCAUGAAUACUGUGAAUCUGCUGUGGACUUUGUUGCAAGGAGAUGCCGGCUAGCUUUCCUUGACACAGAUGCUGCCGGUAGAGCUUUGCCCCGGAUCGUUGAUAUUUUAGCUUCUGAGCACAAGUGGGAUAAGGCAAGGAAGAAGGUUGAACUGCAAAAGGGUCGAGAGUUCUUGGAAACAUUCAAAUCAUCCAAGAAUGCUCAAUUCAGCGAUGGGAAACAUAAUGGACGAUGACCAAAAAUAAUUCUGUGAAUAAGCGUGAAUCAUAUAAUCGCAUAAGUUUACUUGAACAAACAGGCUUCGAUACAAUAUUGAGCCGUGAAUGUUGCAAGGUUCACUUUCCUCAUUUGCAUGCGUUUUUUUUGAAUUGGACGUGCUGAUUUACAGCAAAAUAAGAUGUGGCCACAGAACUACAAUUGUAUUUACCGCUGCACAUUAGUCGAUUUUAAAAUAAGCUGGAAUGAGCAAUCAAAAAUUUCUUGCUUCUCUA